UUCCUUACUAUAUUAAAAAGUAAGAUCGGCGCUCUAUCAACAUUAUUUGUCAUAGUUACUUUCGAACAUCACGUGCAUAUUGCAAGCCCCUUCAAUCAACGUAUGUGUUCUUUGAAAUGGAACGUAUGUGGCGCAAAGUUAAUCACAGCUUUGGUGGUCGUUCGUCAAAAACAGCAACCGUCACACAAGCUGCUGACACAACAACUUCAGGGGGAGGUAUUUGCGAUGGCAAUAUGGGAAUGACAGCUGGGUGUGGAAAUAACACCGGCAACAUGCCCUCCAGUACUGCCACUGGGCGUCGCUUGGCAGCAAGCGGUCUAAUUACGGUAGGCAGUGGACCCACAACAGCUAACGAGGGAAAGAAUAUAAUGUCGCAAUAUCCAAAAUCUCUGAGCCAACACGUCCUCCAUAGCCAUGCAUCAUCUGAUCGGCGCAGACGACGUCGUCGUAAAAGUCGUUCGCGACGAAGUGGAGUCAGUUGUGUCGGAGGAGGCGGUGGUGACAACAUGUCAUCGUCUGGUGGAUUUUACACAAUAAAAGACUCUUCUGAUGCCACAAUUGGGAGUCACCGUCAUCACCGCCAAUUAAGGCUUUCGUCAAGCCGCGUAAUGGCUACCUCUGCACCCAGUGGCACAGUUAUGAUGUACCCUAAUACAGGUCGGGAAGUGGAUUCUAACCAAGCAGAAACGGGUAUUACCACUACAGUAACAGCAGCAGCGAUAUCAGCUACUCCAGACAUAUCGUUGCGGCAACGAGCCGUAGCGAAACUUCGUAUGUUCAAUUUUCACCUUAACUGGGAUUUGCACAUGACUCAUUGCAAGCCAUGCGGUCCACGACUUGGAGGAGGUGGCAGUGGUAAUAUUAUAAUGCGACGGUUAUGCCGGAAUCGACGACAUGAAGAUAACGAACUUUAUCGCUCUAAUAGCUUCAAAUUCGAAAGAUUCGAAAGAAAGGAGUGUAUCGACGAACUAACAGAUACGAUGAAAAAACAGAUUGCCAUCUGUGACGAUUACAGUUUACCAGUUGAUUUUGUUAAGAAACGGCCGUCCAGCUUUGAUCCAUGCUUAGCAGAAGCUAUUCCAACCAAUCCAGAGCAUUGGAUUCAUCCUAGUCCACACACUGAAUUUAUUACGUUAAACGAAAGGAAAGAGCCACAAUUUCAAGACUUGGAAGCACUACCACCUCCACAACCAUCAGCAUCUUUAUCAACGUUACCGCCAAACAAGACCACUUUAAAUAUACUUCCAUCUACACAUGCUUCGAAUAGCAUACAACAUUCUAUUCAAUCCGAACAUACUGACCUACAAGCAUUAAACAACCACUCUUUUCAAUUAAAAUCACAUAACCAGCCAAAUCAAACGCAAUCGCAACCGCAAUUCCUUCUUCAACCACAUCCUCCUCUUCCUACAACAGUAAAGCACGCAUCGAUUAAAGUUAUCGAAGGUUACUCAGAUCCUAAAGAUUCCAAGCGCCACAAGAAACAGAAACAAAAGAGGAUAAAGCGAAGAAUAAACAAACAUCAACGACCUGCGCAUCAGAUUAGCGCCUCUAAAGAUCAAAAAAUAACUAAGCGUUCUAAUUGCAGUUCAGAUUCUUCAGGUCCUAAGUCUUCGGGUGAUGAAAAUAAUGAAUCAAUAAAAGUUCCUGAACUUAAUUCACCUGAUAGCAUUUCCGACGACCUUGUGCAAGCAUUACCUUCGCAAUUAUAUCGGAGUCCUCGUAAAUUAGUAGCUGCACCAUCGGAUACUAGCAAAAGAAAUCCGUCACCUUAUUACUACUCGGACAUAUUAAAACCCAAAGAUAACGAGAUAGGACCGCCCGAUAAGGAUACAAAAAAUAAAAGCCGUCAAUCAACAGUGUCUGAACCGCCGCAUUUGACACAUUCAUCUAUUGAUAUAGGUUUUUAUCGUAAAAGUACAAGUCUUGACAUACCAGAGGAUAAAGAGCACGAUAAAAAUCAGAUUGAACAAGAUGAAAGCUCUGCAAAGCCAAUGUUAGUGACAGACAUUGGUUCUAUUGAGACACCGAAACGCUACUCAUUUACUGAGGAGGGAGUACAUAUAAUUCGUUGCGAUUCGCCUACCACUUCAACAUCCGAAGAAUCUGAUUGUAGUGAAUGUCAGAAGCGUAGACAGUGGCAUGCAAGGGCUUUAGCUUUAGUUCGAAAAACAUGUAAUAUUCAGCCAAUUAACGCAGGUGUGAACACAGGAACUUGUAUUCAUCAGACUGAAAAAUUACAGGUUCUGCCAGUUGUGGAAGACAAUUCGUCGAUGCCUCCUCAUAAACAGUUCGGACCGGCAAUUUGCGCCUGUGUUGCACCGACUGUUGGAGACGACAUUGACGAAUUUUUUCGACCACGUAGUAUAUUUUAUGUUCAUCCAAAUGGUGUACAUGAAUGUCCUGACUGUGUACCAGACAUAAACAAUUUAAAAUCGUCUAAUGGAAAUGUGUUUGAAGAGAAUAGUGAAACUCAAUUAAAUUGUACAAUUGCUGAGCCAGACGACGACGAAAUGUCUAGCCGAACACGACAAUUGUAUGAGACAGCGUUUGAUUGUAAAAUAGCUAAAUCGGACGAUGAUCUUGACGAGGUUGAUCGAGUUACAAACCACUCUGUAUUAUUUCAGGCGAACAGUAGUACUGAUGCAAUCAUAAAACCUGAGCCUCGCCCUACAAAAACUAUACAAGUGAAGUCUCGACUCGAAGGUAAGAGGCUAAAAAAUUCAAAGAAUCAUGCCAUACAAGAGAAAAGCAGCAACUCAGGCGGAAAUGCGAGUGGAAAUGGUUCGCCACUCUCGGCUUUCCCUCCAGAAGGUGACCCUCCGAAAGAUUCAGACUAUGAAACUCAUAUUUUAAAAAUAACAGCAGGCAUCGAAAAAGUACUUGUUAGCGAUCAUAUUGAUGGCCAACAAACGGAUUUACCAUCGACUUCUACAUCGCAAUUACCUAUUCGUGGAUACACUCCAUCUCCUCCGUCAACUGCUCCAUUACCAAUUAAAUUUCCUGGAAAACAUGACCGUUUUCUAAUGAAUAGUAUAAAAAGUGCUCCGAACUUGCCAUAUUCUAAUCCAGCUCAUCCACGAUUACGAGACUUACGUCUUCCACUACAGUCUACUUUGCGUCAACAACAUCAACAUACUGUAUCUGUGGGUACUAGUAAUGAAAAUAGCAUCACAGAUAGCGCAUACGUUAAUCCACCAUCUUCAACUUCAAGAAACAUUCAUAAUAUUACACAAUCCCACAGUGCAAGAGGUCGGAACAGACCUCGCUCAUUUGUUAUUGAAUCAGGACGAGUAUUGGAACUAAGAAAAAGCCACGUCUCUCAUCGCCAUCAUGUGGGAAAUGACGGUCGCAGGCCACAUAAUUACUCUUCGACCGAAAGCAUUGCCACAUCGAGUAGUGGUGGCAGCAUGGAAUCUUUGCGGUCGAGUACCAGUGAAGGAAAUAGAAGUACUUCUAGUUCAGAAUCAAGGAACUCAACUUCGUUGAGUUCACAUAGCUCUGAAUCUGGUACCUCGAGCGUUGCGCUCCCUUUGCGAGCACCUAUUGUUGUCCACUCAAAAUUACAUAUCUUAAGUCCAAUAUCAGACAAGUCUUCCCAAGAACCAGCUUCCGAAUUGUCAGAACAAAAUAAAACUCAGCAUACCACCCCUGAGGAAAUUACGCAAAUUGGUCAACAGCUCCAAACAGGUUCCAACACUUCAAUAUUAAAUGUUGAAAUUACAAAAACCCUACAACAAACAUCGAUAGAUAUCUUAAAGAAAAGGAAGCUGCCCGCAAAUAAGACACUUCUCAAUUUAACCGAUGAAAUUAUUGGUUCGGACAGUGGAAUUUCACUUCACUCGCGCGAAGACUCCAAAUUGAGUGCUGGUAUUCAAAAUUUUAGUCUUUCAAAGCUUAACUUCCCACAGUCUGACAAAGUAAAUGAGAGCGGCACCAGCGCAGGUGCGGCUGCUACCCACUCAUGCGGGGUACCCAAAGACUUACGUGAUUUACCAUUUGAUAUGCCAAAAUUAAGACGAAAAAAAACUCUGCAACAGGAAGCUUGUACAUCCGGAAGUGCCACAUCUGUAGAUUUGGGCGAGUUACCAUUUGACAUGCCGAAACUGAGAAGACGACUUCGGACGAAUCAAACCGAAACAGGACUUUUGUGUCAUAGUACUGAAUCCAGCGGAUUGUCACAAGCAUCUUCUAGUCAUUCAAUGCGUGAUGAAAACAAAAUUUCCCUCAAGUUAGACGGUGCUAUCUUUCGACAAAACUUAACUUUAAAUUUCAAUGAACCGCGACCAACAAAUAAAUUUGGUAGUCUCGACUUACGAGGUAUUUCAUCCAACAAUAAAGAACUCAAUCUUAACAUAGGAAAAGGCUUCACAUCGGCUGUCGAUUUAAUUGACAUAUCUAUACCACUUGAGCGUCAAGGUUGGUAUCAUGGAGCCAUUACUCGCAUCGAAGCAGAAAAUACUUUACGGCCCCUCAAUGAAGGAAGUUUUCUUGUGCGGAACUGCGAAUCCACCAAGCAAGACUAUUCACUUUCACUUAAGGGUGCCAAAGGAUUUAUGCAUAUGCGUAUCCAGCGCAACGAAUCAGGCCAAUACAUUUUAGGCCAGUUUAGUCGUCCAUUUGAAGCUGUUCCCGAUAUGAUCCGACAUUUUUGCUUAAAUCGCUUGCCAGUUCGUGGAGCCGAACAUAUGUGCUUAAUUGAGCCAGUCAUAGUUCAGUUAUUAUAGGCCAUUAUAAGAGAUAAUUUUCGAUAACUUUAGAUAUGUACAUAUGUAUGUUAUUAAACAUAUAAUGUAGUUUUUAGUUGCUAAUGCAUGCAUACAUAUACAAGAACGUAUACACGUUUACUGAUAAAAUAAAUGGAACAGAAAACGAUAAAUAAUAAGACAAUACCAGUAAAAUAAUAGGAUUGCAUAAAACCCAUAUGAAAAUAUAUUUAUUUAAUAUGUAUGCAUGUGUUCCUAGGUGACAAAAAACUAUUGCCUUUGCACCAGGACAAACUUAUCAAUGAUAUACAUGCUUUUAGUCACAUGCUUACGCCAGAAAAUAGGAGGUGACGUCGAUGACAUCUAAUAAAGUUAGAUGUAAACAUACACAUGCAGAAGUAAAUUAA